GUAUCAUCGAUUCUGCCAGACCGUUCGUCUAAUACUUGUUCCGAGGAUUAAUUAUCGGUUGACUUGAACUGAGGAAGCAAACGCAACCAUGGCUGUCAAAAAGAGUAAGUACACUGGUAGUUUUCACUUCGUUUACAAGACCAGCGAUUGUUGUCUCGAUGUUUGAUUCCCUGUCGCGAUCCUGAUUGCAUCCUGCGUGAGAAAGACACAAAAAGCUAAUCAAUGUCGCCGAUUAUUGUCUGGUUGCAUGGUGCGUUGUUCCUCUACUUUCUUCAUCGAUGCGAUCUGCCACCAAACGAACAGAAGCAUCGGUCUCUGAAAAUUAUUGCAAGAAACUACUCGACGACAAUAAAGAUAUCCCGGAUGCCUGCAAAAGAUUCGCCAGCAUCAAGGCCUCUUUAGAUGCGAAAAAGAGCGAUCCAUAUGCGGGGAUGACCCCGGGAGCCCAAGCUACUGUGCGCAAUGCCCAAAUCAAACGUCGCAUGAGCACUCGGCACAAUCAAGGAAAGGAAGGGAAAAAAUCUUCUUGGUGGUAGUAUUUGUCGAUAUGUUCCAAACGCCUCAAGCGUGCGAGAUGCGACGAGCUAUCGCAUCAAAAUAGACACCGGGAAGAAAGAGAAGAGGAUGGGAACAGAAAUGGAAUUGAGCKAAGAAAUAUAGUGUUUGUUCCGUCCAUUGCCACUACAGGCAUGCAUUUCUUGUGCGCAGAUGUAUUCGAUGAGAUUUUAUUCGUUCUUCCUUAGUGGUUCUACGGAUAGAAAUGAAAUGCAUUCGCGCAGAUCUUGGUUGUUGCGAUACUUGUAAUUGCCGACGAGAAAAAAGAUUUGUUGCUUGCACUUCUGCUGUGAACGUUAACUGCGAUGCGAUGCAUCGUUCACGGUAGGUUGUAUUGGAGGAAGCAUCAUGGUCAUGUCUAUACUUUGUCUUUUCAUUUCUGAUGCUAGUCAACUUGCCUUCAACCAUUACUUAGAGAAAAUAUUUAUGAGUUUUAGUCUUCGCAUCAAAUGGCGCUGGGAGCAUUUUGCCUUCAAUCAUUGAAAUGUCCUGUUCUAUGCUACUGUGCCCUGUGUACGGUACAAACGGAAAGAAUCGUCAAAACACGACACUAUUGAAGUUAUGAACAUUGUUGUGUCCGAUACAUUUCUUGUUGUAUUGAAGAGUGCACUAGUUCUACGUAAGUAUUGCAUCCUGUGUCUCGCUCUCGUUGCAUUUAAUAGUUCCGAUUCAACGAAGGAAAAAAUAUAUGGUGAAACAGAAGUAGUAAUAGGUCUAUACCAUUUUUAUCCCGUUCCAGCAACGACGGCAGCCACGGGUUGCUCUUGAAUUUGAGAAACCAUAGUGUGCAUCCGAUAGCGCGCCUAUUGGUUGGGAUCUUUUUCUUCCUUCGAAAGUCUAUCGCCCGCUUACUUCACUACUGUAAUGUCAGUCUACAGACGUGAUUCCGUUUCUACUUCCAAUACAGCAGCCGCACCCAUUCCCGUUCCAAUGCACAUAGAUACCACACCGAAUCGUUCUUUACGUCGAUGCAAUUCGUUUAGCAAGGUCGCAAUCUGUCGUGCACCGGUGCACCCGAGUGGGUGUCCGAGGGCGAUGGCUCCUCCGUUGGGAUUGACCUUUGCGGGGUCAAUGUUCAAAAUAUCGAUGCACCAGCUGGCCUGCGAAGCAAAGGCCUCGUUGAUCUCCCAAACAUCAAUGUCGUUCACUAUUAGAUUGCACUGCUUCAACACCGCUGGAAUGGCCACGGCGGGUCCGAUACCCAUCACACGGGGAGGGACUCCCUUAACGGCGUAUCCUCUCCAGAUUCCGAGGAUGGUCAGGCCUCGCUUUUCUGCUUCGGCCCUGGUCAUGACCAAAACCGCAGCAGCUCCAUCGGUAGUUUGCGACGAGUUUCCCGCUGUCGUUUUUCCGUUUUUGGAAAAUACUGGUUUGAGUUUGCCUAGGAUUUCGACUGUCGUUUGCGGGCGGAUUCCGUCGUCCUCGGUUACGUUGCCGACUGGCACGAUUUCGUUCUUGAACUUCCCGCUCGCUCGGGCUCGAGCUGCUUUCUCGUGCGAAUGGGCAGCAAAGGCAUCGAGAUCCUUGCGUUCCAGUCCAUACUGAGAUACCACGUUGUCACUCGUCAGUCCCAUUGGAAUCAAACAAUCCAUGACCCGUGUUUGUUUAUGGGCCUUCUUCAUGACGUCCCAAUCAACGUCCGGCGCCUUG